AUGGAUGAAACUUUCCAAGCCUUCGAUCGCAUCCAGCGCUUCGCUGGAAUUUCCAUUUUCGCUAAGAGCAACUGGAAUUCCAAACGGUGGCUGAUAUACCAGACUUUCAACUUCUUUCUAGCUCUCCUUACCUUUAUUUUCACCUCCGCUUUCGUUAUAUUCAACACGUCUGACCUCCUCUUGUGCAUACAAGGCGCGUGCAUAUGGACUACGGGCGUCAUAAUGUUCAUUUCUUUGGGCAUUUGUUUGAUAUUCAAGAGGGAAUUCGAGGGUUUUGUUCAAGAAAUGGCCUUUCAAGAUCGCUCUUUGGAUAUUCCGUUAGUCGAAUAUGUGAUGGCGAGACAAGAGGAGACAGGGAAAUGUUACGAGUUGAAAUGUCUCGUGAUGAAUACGCAGAAAAAGAUAUUUAAGUUGACUCGUAUGUUACUGAACGUGUAUGUCGCUAGUGUUUGGUUGUGUGCUACGUUAUAUCUGUGUGGGCCUAUUUAUCGUAUGUAUGUAAGCGAGGAUGACUCUUUGCGAUUAUUGGCAUUCGAUAUGUGGUUUCCUUGGAGUCUAGAUAAUUUCGGCGUAUAUGUAGCAUCGUUUACAUUUCACGCAUAUGCGGGGUAUUUAUGUUGUAUUGCUUAUCCCGGUUUCCAAUCGAUGAUUAUUCUAAUCGUUUGGCAAAUUAUUCGACAGCUGCAAAUCAUAACCUUUGUUCUGACAAACUUAGAUGAUAUUAUGCUCGACAUUGUCAAAGAAAGAGAUGAGAGGUGGCAUUCGGGAUGCAGUUCAGUCUUCUCGCAGUGUGUUAAACACUAUGUUAGAACAAAAAGAUUCUCCAAUCGGCUUAAUGUGAUUUGCCGACCGUUCUAUUUGGCUUUGAUCCUCGUCGCAAUAAUGCUAGUAUGCGUUUGCUCGGUGAAGAUUGCAGUUUCGGCACAUAAAUUAGCGUUGGAUACUAUGAAGUACUACGUGCAUGAAUUUUGCAUAAUUCUAGUCGUAUUUAUGUUCUGUUACCUUGGUCAGCAAGUGGAAAAUCAGAGUGAAAUGCUAGACGCAGCGGUGACAGAGAGAUGGUAUAUUUACAACAAGCAUCACAAACAUAACGUGCUAAUUUUCAAAAUUGCACUCAGUCAAAGGAUGCCAAUACAUAUUUUCGGAUCCAUUCCACUAUCUCUGCCAACAUUUACUUGGUUCAUCAAAACAGGAAUGUCAUUCUUCACUCUUGUGAUGUCUGUAUUAGAAACAUGA